AUGGCCUCUGACAAAGGUAUAGUAAAAGCAUGGUUUUCUUUGUUUGCAAUCUGUUUCAAUCGUAUUUAUAAACCAUUACGAAAUCGUGCAGUUUUUCAUCUACUUGUCUUUUAACUCGUCAUUUUUUAUUGUUUCUUUCAGAAAAAGACAAUUUAAUUGCUAUUAAGGUAUUAAAUUUAUUGUUAAUUAAGCUGUCUCUUAAGACCAUGCACUUAGACAGAUUUAAUAUGGGCCAUUCCACGUAAUAUCUACACAGCCCCUAUUGCCGACGGCGAAAUUUCUUAGGGAUGGGAAGCAAAGGCUUUUUUUCUGUAGGGUUAGCAAUAAAAGAUUAUGUUUCCUAGCCCUAGAAGUGUUGCAAUUCAAUUGUUUUAGGAGUAAAUUUCCGACGGAUUUUACACAUAAAAUUUCUUUUUUUCGGCCUUAAGAUAUGUUACACCUCAUCCAUAAGGGGUUGGAUAUUAAAUGGAAUAUGGUGCUAUGAUAAAUUAUCAAAUACAAUGACCAAGAGUAUCAAAUACAGUAACCAAGGGGUUCUAUUUAAAAAGUUAAAACUUUCUACAAUUUAAUACAAAAUAGAAAUAUGAAAUUUUUAAAUAUUUAACGAAGCCUGUAUUUCGUUAUUAAUUCAUUGAUAAAAAAAUAAAGACAAGCAACAUCAUAAUGUUAUUUAGACUAUUUAUUUAGUUUUCUGAUCCUAUUAUUUCUUUUAGGAUGCUAUAUGUAUUGAUUUGACAUUGGACAGGUAUGUAUAACUGUAUUAUGGCUUGGUAUAUAUACCGGUAUGGAAUUCUAGGUAAAGUUAUGAUUUUGCGGGACAAUUAGCAUCUCUAACUAUUCAAUUAGUUUAUUAAUAAAGUAAUCCUGUGUGGGGGGGGGGUGGAGGGGGAGGCACAGACAAAGUUGGGGGAUGAUUAAAAGAAGCAUUUCCUCCCAGAAAAAUUUAAUAUCCUGCUUUGACCAAGCCUCACAACUAGUCUGUGAGGCAGGCUCUUCUUUGGUUAAGCCCCAUUUACACGAGCAAAUUUUCUUUAGCAAAUUCAGUUGUAUGUCAAAAAAUAUUUUGUCUGUGUGGAUGAAAAAUUCGUAACAAAUUGCAUUUGAUCAAAAGCUGGCAUGCCAGCUUUUUACAUCAAAGAAAAUUUGCCAAAUGAGUAAAUUUGGCUGUAUGUGUGGAUGGCUAUCACAGAAAAUUUGUCAAAUAUUUUAAACAAAAUGGCGGCGGUUCAAGGAGUGAAGCAUUCAAUUUCACGGUCGGACAACAUUACUUUCCUUCAUGAAUUGCUUAGUGUUCGAGAAAGUUAUGGAACCCUAAAAUAUUAUUGUGUAGUUCCAGAAAAUAUCCAGACUUCCUCCACGGAAAAGACUGGAAAUUCCAGAGGAUAUUGUCGUGAAUUAAGCAGUCCAGUUAAUGUAAAUAGUCCAGUUGACAUUAUGUAAUUAGACAUGUAGAUUGCAUCAGCUACGAACACGAACAGAUAUUGAGAUGUCUAACACGAACACAUUUUAGAUAGUACGAACACAUGUAGUUUUCCUCAACCUUUUUAGCUUUAAAUAUAUAACCAUAAAACGAAGACAGUUUCUCUUACUUACUCGAUCGAACCUCGCUAUUCUCUACAUUGGUACCGUGACCAGGAUGGAGGAACUCACAAGAAUACAAGCAUCGAGACGAGCUCACAAAGCACAUGUGACAAGAUUAGUAAAGAAAACCAGCAAAAUUUUAACGAACGAAAAGCCCGACGAAAUGUUACUAAGCAGUUUAAAUACAUCUCUCGAACAAUUAGUAAGGAAAAGGGAUUUGAUACGGGAAUUGGACCAGAAAAUCGAAGCGAAAACUACAGACGAAAAGAACUUAGAAACGGAGAUAUUCGAAGCCGAAGAACUGAGCUGUGACCUGGAAGAAAAGAUCAACCACAUACGUAAGUACAUUGACUUGUCUAUUAGCGCUUUGAACAAUCCAUCUACUGUAUCUACACAAGAAAAUACUGGCUCAAGCUUGCCAUCUGUUUCACAAAAUACAAAUACAGAACCGUCAUCUGCAGCAGCCGAUGUACAGUCUCAUGAUCAAUCAACCCCAGACCAUCCACCAUUACAAACUAACCCCUUGAAUACUAGCACCUCUUCGGAAGAUACUCCCACAACUCAACUUCCAUCUUCAAAUACA